CCUGCAUGCACGAAUAUGACCAGAAUGCAUACCUGCUGGACCUUGCCUGGGCCUUCCUAGUUAUAUCCAGCAUCACCUGCUUCUGUCUGUUUGUGGGCCUCAUCAGCACCAUCUUCUUCACCAGCUCCAACCUGCCCAUGCUGGAUUUUUUCCUCUUCAUCUGCAGCAUCAUGUCAGGGACCAGCAUCGUACUGGCUGUCCUGUUCUACCUACUACAGGCCAACAAGUAUAUGCAGGAAGGCAUGACCUACACUCUGGGGAUCAGCUUCUACUUGGCUUGGACAGGCGUCUUCCUCUUCCUCAUCACCGGUUUCUUCUCCUAUCUGAAUUACAUCAAUUUCUGGUCCAUCCUGGCAAUUCAGGCAGUCUGGACUUAGGCCAUGGGAUGAUCCCACUGCUGGACGGCUCUCGUGGCUCCUCGUUGAACACCUGACAGGCCUGCUCCA